GUUUCCCUUUCAUGUGUGCUGGUUGUGUGUGCUUGCUUCUUUUCCCGUGAGUGAACUGCGCCGCCAUAUUAAAGUGAGACAAAAGAACCUUCCUUGACUGGUGUGCUGGUGCCUGCCUGUGUUGUUCACCGCUGAAACGGACGAAAAUUAGAACGGGUCCGAACAACGUGAGUUUUUGCGUGCGUGAUUUGUUUUGGGGGACGCCGCGACACCAAAAACCGGAAGCGGCCAGCUCAAUCCCGUGUGUGUGUGUCCCAAGCCAAGCCAGAGUGAAGCAAACCGCUUCGUUCGGGGCCGUGACACAGGCAGAUGCUUGUUUAUUAGCUAAGCGAAACGGCCGCUUAAAAGGCAAAACGUCGAUGCAAGCGAUCGCCCCGCUAAGGAGAGCAGCGGUCAUCAUCAUAUUUCGUCACAGAUUUUGCCCCAUUCCGGAACACCACACACGGAUCCGAUGAUGCGGCAGCAGAGCACCAGCAGCAGCCUGUAAUGACGAUGAGAGAGACGCACUCAUACACGUGUGCACGGUUUGCGACGCGCAUGAGACGGCGAACGGCGAAGAAACAAAAAUCGGGAACAGUUUGAUGGUGUGCGUGAGCUUGCUUCACGCUCAAGCGAAACACGGAGCAAAGCCGCGAGAGCGAGUUAGCAAAUGGCCGCACGCGCGCGCUCAUCACCGUCACGUAUUCGCACCAGCAGUAGCAGUGGAAAAGAAUUCGUAUUAUAGUCCGAGCGGCGGCCAGAAAUUAUGCUUAAACUAUCUGCAUCGUGAGGACGAUCGUAGAAAGUAUUCCCAGGCACACUCACUGUGCAUCCUGUGCGUGCGUGUGACUGCACCGUAAGAAGACAUGUUUACCGCAAACAACAUCCAAUCGGCGACGGGCACACCAAUCGGCAUACAGUACCAAACGACCACCGCCACCGACAUCAACAAAGGCAACAAGCUGGAGGGCCAAAAGACAAAUCAGCAGGCGCCGGAGUUUUCCACGUUCUACGCCAAUGUGAAUAUGAUACAAAAGCUAACGCCAACGUCGCAGGCGUUGAGCACGGUUAAUCUGGCGCAGCUGUCCGAUGAGACCAAGACGGUACAGUACUUGCAACCGUUCGGGUAUGCAAACUGUGCGCUGGUCAACCAGAUGCCGAUCCCGAAUGGCGUUACCGGGAUCACGGUCGAUGGACGCCAGCUCGUCGUCAACAAGCCCAUUACGAACACCAUAUCCAACAUCAGCUUCAAGUGCGAUGUGUGCGGUUUGAUGUUCAACCACCUAACGCUGCUGAACCAUCACAAGCGUACCCACAACCAGGAUGGGGAAACGACAUCGGAUGCCAUUACGGUAGUAACGCAAGCUCAGAAUUUAGUGCAGGCACAAAAUCUCAUCUCCGAAACGGGUCAAAACCUUGGUCAGAUUCAGAUUGUCGCCACGGAAGCGCUCGAUCCGGCCCCGCAACAGCAGCAGCUGCAGCACGCCCAGGACGCUCAGCAGCAGCAGCAGCAGCAGCAAGCACAGGCCCAGGCGCAGGCACAGGCUCAACAGCAAGCGCAACAGCAGGCCCAGCAGCAAGCGCAGCAACAGGCCCAGCAGCAAGCGCAACAGCAGCAGCAGCAGCAGCAGCAGCAACAGCAGCAACAAGUCACAACACACACCACCAAGGCGGACAAAUCCCAGAAAUGCAUCUCCUGCAACGGGCCCAUCCACAACAACCCGAAGCGAAAGGGACCGAAGCUGAUUCGCUGCGAAACCUGCAUCAGCAACGAUGGAGCACAACCGGUCGCCAGACCGACACAAAUCUUCGUUGCACCGGACGGGGACAUCAAGUUCGAGAUCGGUGAAAUACCGAACGCAUCCAACAGCAACUCGUCGAUGGACUCGCUGAUGCCGGGACAGAUGAACACGAUCAAGGCGGAGCAUACGCUCGUGCCGCAGCAGAAUGCGCAUCCGGUGAAAAAACGUAAUUUAGCAACUGUUACCAAAUGUAACAAAUGUAACGGUUCUGGUGUAAUUAUAGUUGGUGGCCAGAAGAAACUCAUGCACCAAUCGCAAAUCCAUCAACAACCUGAAAAGCCGUUCACCUGCAACACGUGCGGAGGACGAUUCUCGCGCUAUUCCAGCCUGUGGUCCCACAAGAAGCUGCACACGGGCGAAAAGAAUUACAAAUGUAAUGUGUGCGGUAUAGCGUUCGCGAAGGCCGUUUAUCUGAAGAACCAUAUGCGCAUCCACACCGGCGAAAAGCCCUACAAAUGUGGCACCUGUGGCAUGCAGUUCUCGCAGUCACCCCAUUUGAAGAAUCACGAGCGAACUCACAGUGGAGAGAAGCCGUAUGUCUGUGAGGUAUGUGACAAAGGCUUUGCGCGUCACGCCACACUCUGGAACCAUCGGCGUAUCCACACCGGUGAAAAACCUUACAAAUGCAAUCGCUGCCAGUCCGCCUUCAGUCAGGCUGCGCAUCUAAAGAAUCACGAAAAGGUACACUCCGGCUUAAAACCGUUCAAGUGUGACAUCUGUUCGGCCGCGUUUGCCGAUCGGUUCGCUCUCAAAAGGCAUCGCGGUAUUCACGAAAAAUAUGGUCAAACUACGCCACUGCAUCAGAACCAACAGCAACAGCAGCAGCAAGCGACCCAGCAAGUGGUCACCCAGCAGGUGGUCCACAAGGAGGAAGUGAUCGAAAUGGAAGAAAAGCCACGGGAUGUUAUCAUCGGAAUGUAGAAACGUUCAGGCAAAUGUGACGGCGCAUUCCGAUCGAUAUCGGAAUCAACUAUGGGCGGUGUCAGUGACCGAAAGCUACUAGCAGAAAAACGCAUCAGCAUCGUCGUUUGAACGAAAUGAGUGAAAGUGUGAGAUGAGCAUUUUGUGAGAAGGAUAUAUGGAAACCCCGAACCGGAACGAACGAUAACAUCCACGGACUAAUGUAAAUGCAUUAAGAUAUGUAAGAUUUUUAGCAGCGUCUAGAGAAGGUAGUAGAUUAUUAGUAAACAGUUCUUUGCUGUUGCACAUUGUUAAGAAUCCCUUUUCCAGCCUCUCCCCCCAAGAGGAGGUUGCUCCCUGGAGCUUCAUUGCAAAAAAUGCUCUUCCUUUCGUUCGUUACAAUUACACAGUGUGGAAGACCGGUACCGGUAUCCUUAAACAAUUCUGGAAGUAAUUCGAGACGAUGCGUCUAAAUGUGCUUCCCUUCCCGCCACGCGAUUUUCAGUUCAACAGCAGAUGGCGAACGCACACAUCAGAGCUAGUUUCCUCCAAUUUUAACCCAGUUUCCCUUAAUCUUUUUUUUUUGCAGGCAGGCUGAUUUUCGCCUGUAAAAUCUACUGUACCAAUACGGUUUCGAUGGUACAAUUUUAAAAUAGUGGAACAGAAAAAGAUACCCAUCUAGAUUGUACGAUCAGUUGCCACUGAAUGCAAUCUUACUUCAUUUUUUAGUUCACUGGUUUCGUGUAUAACGAAACGAAAGGGCCGGUUCACAAAUCCCAUCCAGAGCAAAAGCAAAUGUUGGCCAAAAUCCUCUCGAGGUUGCUGGUGCCAGCGAGAAGGUGUCCAUAAUGAGGUAAUUGAAACACAAACAACCACACAUACACAUUUUGAGGUAAAAAACAAGAAAGGUAGGUGUUAUUAACUUAACGACGGAAUAAGUAAUAGGUGCAUUUCAUUGGUAUAUGCAACAAGUAUGUAUGAUUAAAGCAAUUAAUAUUAUGAUAAUUUCUAUAUUUGUAAUCAUGUUUUGUGUUGGCCGCUGCCGCUCGCAAGCUGGCCGUCGUAAUCGUAAUAAGAGACAGCAAGACAACAACAUCCGCAUCAUUUGUUAAGAAUCUGUGGUUUUUCGAUUGUAAUAUUGUGUACAGCAAUGUACAACGUUCGUUAUAAAAAGCGUUACAAAACAUAUUUAAGUGUUGACACACAGUAAAACAAAUAGCAACAGAAGGUCAGCCUGAGGUCAAGCAUGUCUCUUCUCUUCACUCCCAAUGCCAAUGUUUCCUUGUUGGGAUUUGGGCACAAGUAUUCACCUGGGCGGAUGUGUAAAGGGGCGCUGGCCGUUAAUGGUGUCUCUCUGGUUCCCAUUUUUGAAUUGGUCAUCCAUUAGAAUAAUCUCUGCACGUUAUUACGCUACUACCGACAAUUUUCAUAACCCGGAUACCCAUGUAAAUAGUCUUUUAAAUGUUACACGGUGAAAACAUACACUCUCCGCGGCACACCACUAUUUCACAUUGUCACAUUUGUAAAAAAAAAGCAAAUUGAAACAAAGCAUUGAAGCUCAUCCUUAAGCAAACAAUAAAGCAACAAUAUCUCUCAAGAGGGAGAGGUAGACAUUA